AUGGAGCUGACAGCUAUGAACCUCCCCACAACCCAGAAGAAGACCUUGGGAAACAAAAGAUUAUGCAAUGCUGAGCAGAAUAACCUGUGCCUGACCUCCGCCACCAAAAUCCUGCUCAACUCCCCGGCUCUGGCUCCCAAAGCCUCCCGCAUUUCCCGUGGGAUCGCCCACCGCAUCACCGCGGAAAAGCAGCAAGGCUGGGAGAAACCAUUGCGAGGAGGCAGGAAAGCAGCAGAGCCUGCCCCCUCCGCCGGGCAGCAACGCGUGCGGGUGCCCCCUCGCACCUCGGAGCAGCCCCUUGGAUGCCGUCUCACCUUGAAGCCUGCGGGUGCCCACCCUGGCCCGGUGUCGUUCUGGAUCCACCAGCAGAUCCGCACGAAAGCGCGUGGGAACGAGUACCAGCCCAACAACCGCAAGCGCAAGCGGACCCACGGCUGGAUCAAGCGCAUCAGCACGCCGGCCGGCAUCGAGGUCAUCCUGCGGCGCAUGCUGAAGGGCAGAAAGUCCCUGAGCCACUGA